CAGCAAAAUUAUAAAAAGGCUCUUGAAAUGUUAGACAAAUCACUUAAAAUUCGAUUGUUAGUCCUUGGUCCGAAUCACUCUGAUGUCGCACGCAUAUAUUACAGCAUAGCCGUUGUCUACUCCUAUCAGCUUAAAAAUGAUGAUGCUCUUUCUAUGUUUGACAAGUCACUAGUAAUUCAAUUGUCAGUUCUUAAUGGAAAUCAUCCCGAUAUUGCUAACACAUAUAACAGCAUUGGUCUUAUAUAUUGUUAUCAAGGCAAAUAUGACGAGGCUCAUUCUGCGUAUGAUAAAUCCCUGAAAAUUCGACUGUCAGUUCUUGGUGACAAUCAUCCCGACGUUGCCCAGUUGUACAACAAUAUUGGAUUUACCUAUCAUCAACAAGGCGAAUAUGACAAGGCUCUGGAGAUGUUCGAUAAGUCACUCAAUAUUGCACUACCAAUCUACGGCGAAGGUCAUCCAGAAGUUAGAUUGACGAGAAAUAAUAUA